CACAGUGAGACACACACACUUCACCUUGAAGCCUCCACACCUGCUCCACGACGAAGACCACACCUGCUCCACGACGAAGACCACACCUGCUCCACGACGAAGACCACACCUGCUCCACGACGAAGACCCCACCUGGACGGAGGGAAUUCCUGGUGGAUUUCUCCCAGCCCCGGCGGCCUCUGUUCCUCCUCCUCCAGCCAUGUACAGCUCCAGCUACGCCCGGGCCAAGUCGGCCCCGGAGGCCCGAGAGCCGCCGCACAGGCCCAGAGGGAAGAGCUGCGGCUACUACAUGAGGAUCGUCUUCUUCUUCUCCUCCCUGAUCCAGUCCCUCAUCAUCAUCAGCCUGGUGCUCUUCCUCAUCUACGGGCAGCCGGAGAUGUCUGCAGAGGAGAAGAGGGUCCAGGAGCUGGAGCUGAACUUCAACCGGCUGAGUGAGAUAAAUCUGCAGCUGAGGAAGGAGAAGGCCGAGGCGGCCGCUCAGCUCGGGGCGCGCUCCGCUGAGAGAGCCGCUCUGGAGGCCGAGCUGGCCAAGCUGAAGGUCGACGCCGGCAAGCUGGAGGUCACGUUCAAGGACAAGCUGGCCAGCUGUGAGAGGAUGAGUGCAGCGACCGUCAGCAUGAUGGCCCGCCGCCCCCCCGCCGCUCCGUUCCAGCCACCCCCCAUGUACACGCCCAGUGUGGAGGUGAAGACGCUGCAGACGCUCAUCGCGCAGCAGAAGGCGAUGAUCCAGCUGCUGGAGGCCAACUUCACCCAGACGGUCCAGUACCUGAGCCAGGAGCGGGACGGCGCCCUCCGGGAGCGGGACGCCCACCACCACGACGCCAUCGGCCUGCGCAAGGACAACGCCAUGCUGAGGGGGCGGCUCGCCGCCUACACCAGGAAGUGCAAAGAGGACUUUGCUCAGUCUCUGGAUGGGAUCAAAACCGUGACGAGCAACUUCCUGAACAAGAUCAACAACCUGUUCCCCCACCAGCUGACCUUUCACCUCACCUGCGACCGCCAGCAGGACCAGAUGGAGAAGAUCCGGAGCAGCUGCACCAACCUGUCCAGAGACGUGGAGAACAAGUUCCAGCUGUACCUGGACAACGUGGGCCACAAGGUGGCAGAGAUCCAGGCCAAGUCCAGUAUGAUGGAGGUGCAGAACUCCGGCCUGACCUCUGACCUGCAGCAGUGUGAACGCACACACAGCGAGGCGGUCGCCGAGGCAACCAGGCAGCAGCAGCUCACGCAGACCGCCCACGACAACCAGGUGGAGAAGUUGCUGGUGGAGCAGAAUCAGCUGCGAGAGCAGAAGCAGCAGCAGGAGGAGCGUUUGGUCCAGAGAGAACGAGAGCUGCAGAACCUCCAGCAGACGUUCUCCGCUCAGCCCAACGCCAAGCCCGUCGUCCCUCAGGCUCCUGCUGGAGCGUCUGGCUUCAGGAGAACUCCCACGGUGAGAUGAAGAGUAAUCAUCAUCAAGCGCCCCAGUGAUCAACAUAUUGCCUUUAAACAUUUUUUAAGGACAUGUAUAUAUUCCUGAUUCAACACGACUUGUAAAUACGCUAAGUGACAUAUUUACUGUGCAUGCUUUUGAAAUAUUUCUUUUUAGCUCUUCAUAAAAAUUAAAGAUGAAGUAGUAUUUUAAACUUCCUGUGAGUGAGAAUUGCUGUGAAUAGCCUCCCAGAUCUCCGUGACACCGUGUACAUAUUGUUCUGUUGAGUGUCGGUUUCUGCUGUGAAGAAGAAUCUUAUUUAGAUUUUAAUUUAAAUGAAAAGCACCUCCCUGUAUUGUUUGUCUUCUGGCUCACUUGACUGCUAUAAACAGAAUACUCCUAAAAUAGA